CAAAACUAGCUCUGCCAUGCCUGCCUUUGAUACUUCCAUGGAAGUUGACCUUCACGUACGACGGAGGAGGGGGGCUUCCAAGUGAUGAAUAGCCGACGGGUCGCUAUAUGAGCAGAGUGAGAGCUCCAGAUCUCCAUAGGCUUGGAUGUUAUAUCAGUCGUCUCUGCUGCCAUAGCUAGGGCUCUCUCCAUAAUAAACCUCACCGAAGACCACCUGGAUUCAAACGUUAGGAUGUUCCUAGCUAGCCAAAUGCGAAGGGCCAUGUAAGCCAAGAUUUUAAAUCCCAUGAGAUGGGAUUAUCUCGAUUUUUAUAUGGAACGGAACGCGCUAUGCCCCAUCCCAUCCCAACACUUGGGACAUAGGAUGUCCAAGGCAUCCCAAUUGGGAUGCUGGGACACUAGCGGGAUGGCCCUAUUCCAACACAUAGGAUGGUAUUCUAUCCCGGUGUCCCACGGGAUAUCCCACUGGGAUCUGAAUCCUUGAUGUAAGCCACACGGAUACCCGCUACCCUAGGGAUAUCUCCUCCAAUGCUGCAUUCCAAGAGCUCCAAAAAGGCCUAGGUGGGGGCCUCCGAGUGAACUAUCUGCAUAUGCAUUCUCAUCAGGGACCAAACAUGUCUUACUCUCGGGCACCAGAAUAAUAUGUGCUCCAUGAUCUCCUCCUUGAAGUUGCAGCAGCAGUAGUCCAGCUAAAUGUCCAUACCUCGAGCUCGCAGAAGAGAUCUAGUCAGAAGCCGGUCGCAAGCCACCUUCCAGAGAAAUAAGCUCACCCUCGGAUGCACCCCGAUCCUCCAAAUCCACCUAACAUCUCUGUGCCUGAUGGUCUCCCUCCUAUAGAGCUGGUAGAGGUCCACCGUCACAACCCUCGGAGUGCAGGAAUAUGGCCAAACUCUGAUGUCUGGACAGCUGUAAAUGGGAGUUGCAAGGGACGACACCCACUCCUCCAGCUACUCCCCAAAAAGCCUAGAUACCGCUGCCCAGUUCCACCUCCUACCAUCGGCACGAAGAAGACAUUAUUUCUCUUAAGAAGUUACAGGCACGUCAGACACUUUAGUCAUCAUAUAUUUCCAGGUGGUGUGGUCUGCUCGAAACCUCAAAGGGAACUUAUCAAGUUCCUUCCAAAAGCCUCUCCUUACCAAAUGUGGAGUAGGUCAUUUGCUGCUGAUGGUGGCGACCUGGUCGAUGCUGUUGUUCCUUUCAUGGGUGAAUCUAUAACUGAUGGAACUUUAGCAACCUUCUUAAAGAAGCCUGGUGACCGGGUUGAAAUUGAUGAGCCAAUUGCCCAAGUUGAGACUGAUAAGGUGACCAUCGAUGUUGCUAGUCCUGAAGCUGGUGUCAUCCAAAAGUUUGUAGCCAAGGAAGGUGAUACUGUGACACCAGGAACCAAGGUUGCUGUUAUAUCAAAAUCUGCUUCCAGUGACACACAUGUUGCUCCAUCAGAGGAGAAAGCAGAUAAAGAUGCCCCACAGCCAUCUCCUCCUGCAAAAGAGAAGAAGAUGGAGAAAGAAACGCUUAAAGCAGAAGCUCCAAUCAAAGAAAAGCCAAAAGCAUCUUCUCCUGCACCCCCUAAAACUUCAGCUUCAGAACCUCUGCUUCCUCCCAAGGAAAGGGAAAGAAGAGUUCCUAUGCCAAGACUAAGGAAAAGAGUUGCCAUGCGUUUGAAGGAUUCUCAGAACACAUUUGCUAUGCUAACUACAUUCAAUGAAGUUGACAUGACAAAUCUAAUGAAGCUUCGCUCGGAAUAUAAAGAUGCCUUUCUAGAAAAGCAUGGUGUGAAGUUGGGGCUGAUGUCAGGCUUUGUUAAAGCUGCUGUUUCUGGGCUUCAAAACCAGCCAAUCAUUAAUGCAGUAAUUGAUGGGGAUGAUAUCAUAUACAGAGACUAUAUUGAUAUCAGUAUUGCUGUUGGCACACCUAAGGGACUUGUGGUUCCAGUUGUCCGGAAUGCUGAUAAGAUGAAUUUUGCGGAAAUAGAAAAAGAGAUUAAUAACCUUGCAAAGAAGGCAAAUAAUGGGACAAUAUCAAUUGAUGAGAUGGCUGGAGGCACAUUUACCAUAUCUAAUGGUGGUGUCUAUGGAAGCCUUCUGAGCACACCCAUCAUCAACCCCCCACAAUCUGCCAUCUUAGGCAUGCAUUCCAUUGUGUCUCGUCCAAUGGUGGCUGACGGCAACAUUGCUCCAAGGCCACUGAUGUACGUUGCGCUGACCUACGAUCAUAGAUUGAUCGAUGGAAGAGAGGCUGUUCUGUUCCUGCGGCGUAUUAAAGAUGUGGUUGAAGACCCUCGCAGGCUUCUCCUUGACUUGUAGGCACAUCCUACCAGCAAUGACUGUUGAAUCCUUUUCCAUACCUGUAACCAAAUAAUUUCCUUCUGAAACUACAAUUUUGGUAGGUUCCUUGUUGCUCAUCUGCUAAACAAAGUGAAGCAACAAAUCUUUGUGAGGCCGUAAUUAAUUGCGGCAUCAUAUUUGUGUAGUUAAAUUCUCAGUGUUUCAUUCGGUUUACAUUAUGGGGGUUGUUCUGCAAUCAUGUUGUAUUUUAGCAACUACUUUGAGCUGUAUGACUGGGGAUACAAGGUUUGUUAUGACUUGUUGGACAAUUGAAUUUCGCAUCCUUUUUUAUUUAAA